UAAUUCUGUAGUCCCAUGGAAUUUGAGAUAGAUGAGUUCAAGGAUCAGUUUUUGGCGAAAAGCAGAUUUGAGAUUGUGUACGCAAAACAUCUAGAGGAUAGUUUGAAAGAGAGCUACAAGAGUAUGAGAACGUUGCUCAGGGAAAAGAACAUACGAAUCAAAAUGGAUCGGGAUGAGAGAUUGAUACAAGUGAGUACUACGUCCAAGACUCGGGACCCGUACGUAAUUCUGAAGAGUAAAGACUUCGUUACACUAAUCUGCAAGGGUGUGCCAUUGGAGGAGGCACAGAAGGUGUUUGAUGACAACAUGAGCUAUGCUUGGAUAAACAUACAGGCACUUGCCAGCGAUAAGGAAGUAUUUAUCAACAGGAGGAAUCGAUUGAUAGGUCCCAACGGCGAUACACUAACAGCUCUAAAAAUGCUCACCAAGACAUACAUUCUUGUGAAGUCCAAGAGUGUGUGUGUGAUAGGUCCUUUUGCAAGCGUUCUGCAAGUUGAGCAAUUUGUGCUGAAGGUAAUGGAGAAUUAUCAUCCGGUACAUCUCUUAAAACAGAUGAUGGCGAAGAAGGAGGUUGAGCAGUGUGCAGACAAAAAGGAUAUGAAUUGGAAGAAUUUUGUGCCCGUGGUCAAGAAGAAAAUUGGAGGUUCUAAAAAGGUUAAGAGACAAUUUAAUGUGCGAGAGGGGAAAUUAUUUAUGGACAUGCCGGUCAGAAAAGAAGAUGUAGAAAUCGUGAAGAAGAGCAAAAAAAUGGAAUAGACGUGACAUUCAUAGAACGCCUCUUUUGGUACUGUUAGAAAGAGGUAUUUUAUUUAAUGCUGACAUGAUGAGAUAAUAAAUCUAGCAAACACAUGCGCGGUUUUGUUAGUGCAAUCAUACCUUCACUCGUACUACGAAAAGUAUUUUAUUGGAAGCUGCUCGGAUUCACAGAAAUUCGAUCGUAAAUCAGCAGAAUAAUAAAUCUCAAGCUCUUUACAUACGUUUUUAUAGUUCACAGAAUGUUUAUUAUGUAAUUGGGUUUUAGCGAGUUGAUCAAUAUUUAGAACUGCAGAAACAGAUGCAACGAACGGUCUCCAAGCCUUAACGCAAUAGUUUAACUGUUCAUGGCCAACGUACUAAAUAAAUAAGCAUUAGUUCUUAUUAAGCGAGUUAUUCAUCAUGAUCAACCUGCUUGAUUCACCAAUCAUUAAAGUACCUUUUGGUCAUCGUAUUUUCACACGGAUGUGGUAAUACAGCGUAAAGGCUCUUCUUUUUGACUAAAUGAAAUACGGUGCCGUUAUCUUACG